UCCGACCCGGCCCAAUCGUGUCUCUUCUCCCCGACGGCGAAGAAACUAAGAAAUGGCGGACAUUUCAAAGUCCCUCCCUUUCUCUCUCUACAAAUUCAUCAACUAUUAGUUGUCUCCUUCAAUCUCUCUCUCUCUCCAACCUAAGUUCUUCAGAUCCGAGCUCUAGCCAUGGAAUCCGCCGUCGCUUUUAGAUCUUUCAACGGUGCCUGUCAGCCUGUCGUACAUGCACAAGCUUUUCCAGGGAAGCCCGCUUCUGUUCCUAUUUUUAAGGAUGCUUCAAGGAGGUGUUUAUCUUUCCAAAGUCGAUGUCAGAGGUUUGUUAUCACUAAAUCAUCUAACCAGGCAUCAUUGUUGCCUUCUGUAAAGGCCACAGAGACUGCAUCGGCAGUGACAUCAAACGGUGCCUUUUCAGAGAAUGCUCCGCAAGGACUUGCACAUGAGAAAAAUGUUCAAAAAUUAACAUUUCCCAGUGGAUUAAAGGCAUUCGUGUUGGGAGUGUGUGAUGAGACUGAUGUUGCAGAAGUGAAACUAAAGGUUGGUCAAUUUGAAAUGCAUCUGAAAAGGAACACAGGAUCACCAGAAGCCCCAGCUCCUUUUGUACCUUCUGCUGCUCCGCCUGCAACACCGCCACCAGUUCCAAGUAAGCCAAAGGCGGAAUCAGGUCCUUCUGCCCCUCAAGCUGCACCUCAGAAAUCCACUUCAGCAUCUACUAAUCCAUUUGCCAAUACCUCCUCUGCUAAUGAAUCAAAGCUUGCGGCUUUAGAGGGUUCUGGAUCAAACACAUAUGUUCUAGUAUCUUCACCCACGGUUGGUUUGUUCCGGAGUGGAAGAACAGUGAAAGGAAAGAAGCAACCUCCUAGCUGCAAAGAGGGAGAUAUAAUCAAAGAAGGACAAGUGAUUGGCUACUUGGACCAGUUUGGCAGUGAGCUUCCCAUUAAAUCAGAUGCAGCUGGAGAAAUCCUGAAGUUCCUCUUCAAGGAUGGAGAACCAGUCGGUUAUGGUGACCCCCUCGUUGCCGUCUUGCCUGCAUUUCAUGGGAUAAAGUGAUGAACGUUCCUACAUCGAUGACCGCGGAUAUCUCAGUUUUGGUCUUUUUCAGAACUAAACGUGUUGAAUUUCUUGUUUCAAUUCAAUCUGGCAUGUUGAGCGGUGAGCUAGCGUUUCCAAGGAAUUUUCUGGGUGAUGAACUGUUUCAUGGGGAAUAAAUUAUCUAAAAACUCAUCAGCUUAUAUGAUGAGUUUCUGGCACAAGAAAAAGCUUUUGUCUA